AUGGCACCUCCACCCAUUGAAUUGAUCGGUGCUGCUGGACGUCGCUAUCUCUUCAAAUCUGGACAAGGCAAAUUCAUCUUGAAGGACAUUCCCAAGGCCAUUUUCUCAAGCUUUAAUGAGGACAUACGCCCGCGGCUUCCUGAAAGUCCAUUUCUACGGCUACCACAUGACACAAUUCCAGAUCAGCGAAUAUUUGUUUACAGGUACAUGAAUGAUGAUUUUCUGAGCCUUGUUAGAAAGCAAAUAUCCAUGCAAGCUAGGAAGCAGAUUCUAAAAGCCAGCUUGCGAGGGAUUGCUGAGCUGCACAGCCAUGAUAUUGUCCAUUUCGGUGAAAUAUCAAACCUGAUAAUAUCAUGGUCAAUUACCGCGGUACUGGUCCAGAGACAAUUGUUGAGCAGGUUCAGAUCAUCGAUCUCGAAAAUGCAGCUUAUCUCCCUAAAGGGAGGUGCAUUAAAGGGAUUCAUCUUCGGAGCCGAUGAGGAUUUACAGAAACACGAAUCGCAGGGUGCAUUCCCUCACGUCAUUCGCCUGCAACGUCAAGUUUCUUUUUUUGGAGAUCGAGAAGGAUUGAAUGGACUCAUGACACACGUUGGUGAUGAGGAAGUCAACUGCCAGGUUCUGGGAUUUCUUUGGGAUGAUCGGGUGGCAGAUUAUCAUUCCUACAAGCCAUUCUCAGAGUGGCCGAAUGUCACCGACGACGAGUUCAAGGAUCUCAUCCGGAGAAUGACGAACUUGGAUCCUCAAAAGCGUGCAACAGCGCGCGAAGCCUUGGAGCACCCCUGGUUUGCUGGUUGUGAGAUUUAUUAA